AUGUCAACUUUUCAACGUCGUAAAGUCGACGUAAAAUAUUUAUUGUUAGAUUUUAUGACAUUUGAUCACAGCCUGUCGGUGCUGUUCACGUGCAUUGUUCUAGAAGUUUCAACAAAACCCGCAGACGUAACUACAACGGAGAGCACCAAAGAAGAAGCAAUAAGUAAAACUGACGAAAGGCAAGAUAAUGAAGAACAACUACUAUCAAAUGGCACAAAUCAAUCUAACCUUAUUACUCACGACAUAUUAGAAAAAAUUAAAACAAUCAAUGACGGCUUGAAAAAGCCUGACAAAAUUCAAAAAAACUACAAUAACAACCCUCAAUCUGGCGCUGAAUAUGUCAUAGAUGCAGCUACAUUAGAAAAAAUACAACAAAUUAUUGCUUCAGUAAAGCCACGUCCGAUUUCACAACAGAUAAAUAGAGAUCAAGAAGCAAAUUCUAUUUUUAAUUAUAAUGACGUAAACCAACGUUUUUUACGUUCAAAAGCAUUAAAUUUAAUGCCAAAUGUUUUAAAUCAAGGUUUACUACCAACAUUUUCUAUGCCAUAUAUAACUACUGUGCCAAUUAUGAUAAUGCCAGCAAUCACUGAUGUGUAUACUAAGAACGCCAUACCAAAUUCGAUACAAUCAGAUAAUUAUCAAACAAGACAAGAAUCACCAUCAUUUCCGUUUCAAUUUCAAUGGCCAUUUGCUUCUUUUUUCCCUAUACUGGUAAAGGAUCCCUUACUUGCAAUUAUGCACGGAGGUGGCUGGAACAAUCUUUUUGAAUUUGGACAAAGUGCCGAUGUAUGUAGUAUAAGAAAACAGAAAUCCUUUGGUUUGAAUAACAUUGAAAACAUGGACUUUAGGAACAACGUUGAAAGUAAUAAGUUCGUGGAAAACAACCUCAAUACGGAUAAUUUAAAGCGGCGUUCAAGAAUUAGGCGCUCGCUCAAAAAACGAAAUAUAUCAACAUCGUCUACUAUUGAACAAGAAUUAAGUAGUGCUAAGGAGCCUAAAAAAGCUGUUCUGAAACCUGUUGUUACACGAAAAGCAACGAACAAGCCACAAAUUGAAAAAGAGAAGGUAAUUCAAGAUACAAAAAGCAGUGAAAUUGAAGGGGACUUACGCUUCCCUUUCAGUGAUUUUACAUGGUUUGGAAACAGGAAACCAGUGGCUCCUAGUCCAGGUUUCUUUAUAAACAGGUUAAGGGUAAGAAAAGGCGGUGUAGCAAUCGCAGGACCGGGUGGUGUAGCAACAGCUGGAAGAGGCGGAACUGCUAUUGUUGGACCAGGUGGAUUAGCUUACACCCAGCCUGGAGGCAUUGCUGUCGCAGGUCCUGCUGCUCGUGUAAUUGCUUUAUCACCACACACUGAUCUAACAUCAUUAGUAUCACGCCUUCAUCAACAAUCCACAGAUGAAUCAAUGCCACGAUCAUUUAAUCCAUUAUUAGGUGGAAAACUGGUGGGUACAGGGCCGGUUAUUUACUAUCAUCCAAAUGAACAGACAUGA